AUGCGCCGUCCGCCCCUUGCCUGCCGCCGAGCAGUGCAAUCGCUCCAAUUGCCCACCCCUCACCACAUAUGGAUCUCCGACGACCUCCUCGCCCUCGCCCUCAAUAGAUUUUUCCGCAGCUCAUGCCCGCACCAGAGGCGUCAUGGCAGCCAUGUCCCGGGGCCAUUGGAGGCUAGGAGGAGAGCUGCCAAACGCCGCAUGACCGUCUCGGCGGGUUUCUACCCCCCAGACCAUCUUUCGUCGCUGUUCAAUCUGGGUGCCUUGUUUGGCUUCCGUAAAGACACACAGCCCACCUGGAGAUACGAAGCGCCCACCUUGCAGCAGCGUGCCGACACACUCGAUCGACAGGAGCACCCCGCUUCUGCCUCGUCCCACCCCUUCGCCUUUCCAAAUCCUUUUUCGCAAUCCUAUGACCAGACAAAAUCACAAACACACGGGGCACGUGUACAAUCAGACGGCCUAGAAGAGAGCCCAGAACCUGCUACUGAUGCAAUUGGGGACCUUGACCAAACUGGCGUGCAUACAGCCCACUUUGACCAUUUCAAAUCCCAAGUCGCGCAUGCCGGGGACCUGUCUAGUUCUGAGCGUAGCAGACUCCUUGCCACCACCUGGAGGUCCUGUCGCCCAGAUCAUCCCGAUGCGUGGGUGUACAAUACCAUGGUAGUCGAGCAUUUGAACCAACUUGGCUGGGAUCCCACGAGCAUUCUCUGUAAGCUCAAGGCAUUCCACACCCCGCCUACAUACACACUGCACAGCCUGUAUCUCCUCAACUGUUUGGAAAAGUCAUGGGCACGCUUUCUCCACGCUUCCAAAGUCUACCAUCGCGUGUGCAUGAAAAUGGCCGAGGCGGCCAAGUCUGCAGAGGCUUCGAGAAGCUCGUCACAGGACGCCGAGCUUCUCCUUAUAAUCCGCCUGGCACUGCACGGCGCUGUUGCAUCGACCAACGAGAUCAAACGCUCCGUCGCAGAGUCUUUGGUUGCCGUUGCCGACAAGAUCCAAAACCUCCAUGUCCGGAAGUCGUUGCGCUCCAUCCUGACAGGCACCAAUACUAUAGAGCAAUGCAUGAACCUCUUUCUUGCACGCGCUGCUACAGACUACAGUGUCUGUGCCGCUGUAGAACAGGUCCUCUCCUGUCUCCCGCCAAAGCGCCUGGAAUCGAUUGUCCCAUCAAUUACCCUGUCUCUAGCCACAGCUGUCGAGCGGAAAAACAAGCUGCCGGGCGACAUCUAUGCGCGUCGUCUGGAUGCAUGGUUGAUGGUCUUGGAGGGUCUUGGAGCGCCAUCGGCAUCGGAUGAGGGUGGCACGGCGUUGCUCGAAGCUGCCAUUGCAGCCGUCACAAAGCACAUCUUCACAGGCAAAAAUCCUGGCAUGAUGCAGAGCCAUUUACUGACUCAUGUCUUGGCAUUCCAAUUGACACGGCAAACGUCGUAUGUAACUGUCAGAGAACGGAUGUUACAGCUCACCUAUGCCUGUAUUGCACUCGCACGUGCGCAGCCAGAACCUCUUGGAUUUGAGGCAACUCUGGGACUUGUCUUUUCGCGCCUGCGGGGAGAGAAGUUGCCGUAUGAGGCAUUGAUAGAUGUCACUGCAGACGUGUUUGCCCGCCAUGCAAGCCUGCAUUCUGUGUACUGCUUCUUGUCUGCGCUGAGCCAGCAAGGACUCGGUCUAAACAACGCCUCGAGUAUCGAGUCUCUAGCCACAAAGACGAUACUCUCGAGCACGCAGGACCCCAAGUCCAUGGACGAGCGCGCACGCCAGCGUCAUGCCUUCACCCUCCACACCUGCCAGCGCAUCCUCAGCCUUGUCUCCAAGCUCAGCCCGAGCUCCCCUACACCCUCCCUCUCCACAGCCAAACACCACGCCCGCACUCUCCAGGCCCACCGCGAGUUCACCGAGAUCCUCACCCGUGCCGCACAAAACCAUGCCCUCCCCCAAAUCUACGCAAACCUCUCCUCCACCAACCUCACCCCCUCCCAGCGCUCAAUCCUCAUCCACCAGCUCGCACACUUCUACUCCCUCACUACCACGCGCUCCCACCGCGAAUCCUGGCGCGCAAUCUACUACCUCUACAGACACUUGCAAGCGCAUGCUCUACCCAUUGGUCCGCUGUUCUCCAAGGCCGUCGUCCGCGCCUCCAUGACCCGCCCCAUGAUGGAACACCGCUUCAUCAGCGCCCGCCGCUUGAUCUGGGUCUGCCAUCUCGUUGCCAGAGUCGAGGGCGAGCACGUCGUUCGGCAGAUUGAACAUGGCUAUUGGGUGUGGAGAGGCGCUUUGAUUCAGCAUGCCAAGCGUGUGCAGGAUGACGCGGGGGGUGAUCGUAGGGAAAAGGCCUUGGUGGCGAGGAUCAAGGCUUUGGGCUUGAUUUAGAUAUAUUCGUCUUGUCUUGUGCGUGUUAUGCGCAUGCUAUGGGAUAUGUGUUUGUUUGAUCUACGAGUCAUUUUGAUGUGCUGAUGCAGCAACGGCCUUUUACAAGGCAGUAAGUAGACGGAAUAUGUAUAUAGUGAAGUAGCG